CCCCCACCCUUGGCCCCAAUAAAAGCAGAACCCCAGACCCAAGGUCUCAGCCUCUCUCUCUACCCUCAGCGGUGCUGUGGGGCUCCAGGCGUGCUGUGUUCUUCCGGGUCCUAACCCUCAACAUGAAGACCCUCCUGCUGCUGGCAGUGAUCAUGGCCUUUGCCCUUCUGCAGGUUCAUGGAGCGUUGUGGGAUUUCGCGGCAAUGAUCAAACACACAACGGGAAAGACAGCCCUGCUCAGUUACGGAGCCUACGGCUGCCACUGCGGACUGCGUGGCCGAGGGACCCCCAAGGACGCAACAGACUGGUGCUGUUGGGCGCAUGACUGCUGUUACAAAAAGCUCAAGUAUCAUGGAUGCGGCACCAAGUUACUGAACUACAACGUGUCCAUUCGCCGCGGCCAAAUCACCUGCGAGGAUCGAGGUGUGUGUCGACGCAUACUCUGUGAAUGUGAUAGAAAAGCCGCCAUCUGUUUUGCAAGAAACCAGAACACCUACAAUAAAAAGCUCCAAUAUUACAGCAACUUUCUCUGCACGGGGCGUGUCCCCCAGUGCUGAGAGGCCCCCGACCCUGGACACCUUACCACCCAGGGCUGAGUCUCCCCACUCUAGCACCCUAUUCCCUGCCCUAGCCAUAUUCCCUCGCAAAUGAAAGAAACCCCCUCUUCCAUCCUAGAGACCAGCCAGGAGCCCUUCUCUCCCCCAACAUACGCCUUCUAUCUAGAAAGACAAGCACAGAUCUGGGUGUGUAUGCCAAGCUCCCUGCCCCUGCUUCCUUGGACAGCCAGAGGUUUUGUUCCUUCCGUUUCUACUCUUCUUCAAGUCCAAAGUCAUGUUUAGCUGUGGUAGCUACACUCCAGGUGGGCCCUUCUGAAUAAAACAAUUUUUUGGCAAACUGUA